AUGGCAGAUGAGGGCAAGACUGCGCUAGUCAUUGGCGCAAGUGGAAUUUCCGGAUGGGCUGUGGCAAAGAACCUGCUAUCCUAUCCCACUGCCACAACAUUUAGCCGUGUGAUCGGCCUGACCCAUCGUCCGCGCACUGCACAGGAAAUUGGACUUCCACAAGAUUCGAGGCUGGAAAUUUACUCCGGUAUCAACCUGCGAAAUGAUCUGGAAGAUGUGAAGCACCAGAUGCGCGCUCGCAUCCCCAACUUGGAACAGGUCACACACAUGUACUAUUGUGCUUAUUCCAAUGCCACGGCAUAUACUCACCAGGUCAUGGAAAUCAAAGAUAUCAAUGUUGGAAUGACGUACAAUGCUGUGCAUGCAACAGAUGCCCUAUGCCCAGAGCUCGAGUUUGUUGUUUUGCAAACUGGUACCAAUAAUUACGGUGUCGCUUGUUUCCAAUACAUCGAUCACAUUCAACUGAAUCCCCCACUGAGCGAGGACAAUCCCCGCGUACCAUCGCCCUACGGUGACGAGAUAUUCUAUUACGCGCAAGUAGAUCUCAUAAACAGUGCCGCUCAAGGCAAGUCAUGGAAGUGGUGUGAAGUCCGCCCGGAUCAGAUUGUCGGAAUGACCUUUUUGGAACCUUUGGCACUCUAUCUUUCCUUAUACAGAUACGUCAAUGGUCCUGGCGCUGUUGUUAAGUUCCCAGGAACUCAACGGAAUUUCACAUACACGUGGACAGAGUCGUCCCAGGAUCUGAUCUCGAAGUCGGAAAUAUAUCUCUCGGUCAUCAAGCCACAUGAAGCGAAUGGGGAAGCAUUCAACAUUGCCGACUUUGCUACUCCGAGCUCUUGGUCGAUGAAGUGGCCAGUCCUGACGAGCUACUUUGGUCUCAAUGGGGUCGGCCCUGGAGACCACGGGUGGGAAGAGAUAGACGUUUGGUGGAAUGAGCAUCAACAUGACUACAGACAGAUGUGCAAAACGUACUCGCUUGUUCGACGCGAGCUCUCGUCUGCUUCUUGGAUAUUCUGCAAGGUUGGGUUCACUUUACUUGAUCGGAAUCGGGAACUGUGUCUCGAUAAGAUUCGAAACAUAGGGUUUACAGAGGAGCUCCCGCUCGGUAAAGCGCAUUUCUUGGCCUUCGAUCGCAUGGCAGAGAACAAACUGAUCCCCUCUUCUGGGGCUUUGUACACCUCAUUUUCUCGGCUUAAGGACGGUGGUCUGGUGGACGAUUCGCUUACAUAUUCUCGGAGAACCGAGCUUACGCAUGGUUGA